AUGUCCCAUGUGAAGGUACUAUUUGGUACGGCGUCGUUUGGCUCAUUGCCCACGGAGGCCAGUCAAGAGUUCCUCGAUCUCCUCAAAAAGUACAAUGUCAAGGACCUUGAUACGGCCAACCGAUAUGAAGGAAGUGAGAGAGCGCUGAAAGAGCUAGGCGCAACCUCAAGCUUCACCAUUCAUACGAAAUCCCCAGGAUUUGCCAAAGGUUCUGGGACCAAAGCAUCAAUAUUGGCAGCUGCGAAGCAGAGUUUCGAAGAUCUGGGUGUCAACAGCGUCGAAACCUAUUUCGUGCAUUCUCCGGACCCCUACACUCCGAUUGAACAGACAGUCGAUGGUAUGCAAUUGGUCUAUGCGUCGGGCAAAUAUAAGCACUUCGGUCUCUCGAAUUUCAAGCCGGAAGAUGUGAGGAAGGUAUACGACUAUGCCAAGUCGAAAGGAUACGUUCUGCCGACGGUCUUCCAGGGGAAUUACAACCCCGUCGCUCGCCACUAUGACACGACGCUUUUCCCACUCCUUCGAGAACUCAACAUCGCUUUCUAUGCGUAUUCUCCUCUGGCUGGUGGAUUCCUCGUGAAAGACGCUCAGACACUCAAUACAGGCGGCGGUCAAGGCCGAUGGGAUCCGACUUCCUUUCUGGGAAAGCUGUAUAAUGAGAAAUACACCAAACCGUCGCUGCUCGAGGCAUUAUCUGAGUGGGACGCGAUUGCCAAUGAGGCUCGUGUGUCCAAGGCUGCGUUGGCCUAUCGAUGGGUGAUGUACAACUCGAAGCUGAGCGCUGAGCAUGGCGAUGGUAUCAUCAUCGGAGCGACUCGAGGGUCGCAGCUCGCAGAAACGCUUAGGGCGAUCGAGGAUGGGCCAUUAGACGAGAGUAUCGCGAAGAGGGUUGACAAGGUGUGGGAACUUGUGAAAGAUGAGGCGCCUGUUGAUAAUUUCAAUCCGUGA